AUGGCAGACAAUAUCUACGAUGAGAUAGAAAUUGAAGACAUGACCUACGACUCCACCCUCCAAAUCUACCACUAUCCCUGCCCCUGCGGCGACCGCUUUGAAAUCAACAUCGACGACCUACGAGACGGAGAGGAAAUCGCCGUCUGCCCGAGCUGUAGUUUGCAAAUUCGUGUGAUCUUCGACAAGGAUGAUCUUCCGAAGCCGGAUGGGGAGGGGGCGAGUCAGAUGGGGGCGCCGGUGCAGCAGGUUGUGGCGGCUGGUGUGUGA